UUUGUUAAAGCGUUAGCAGGAAGUUCCUACUAAAAAUACCCCCGACGUCAGGCUAAAGAAAGGCGGACAAAUUCUAGGAUUUCAUGUGUACGUCAAGGUGCCUUAGGCAACAUGUCAGGACAAAGGGGAAACAGUCUGUGUUCAUGGCAUAAACUCUCGUCCUUGGGUUUCUCUCUGCUUGUUGUGUACAUCAGCUCGAUCAACUCAGUUCCUCUAGACAAGCUGGAGCCAGAGACUUACAGCAAAUACUACAAUUACGACCAACUUACUGACCUUCUCAAAAGUCUCGCCCAGAAAUACGCAAACAUCGCAAAUCUGACCAGCGUCGGCAGAUCCGUUGAAAACAGGGAGCUUUGGGUGAUGAGAAUCACCAAGGACCCACAUGAUGAUGAUAUACCGGGAAAACCCAAAUUCAAGUACGUGGGCAACAUGCACGGAGACGAGACCGUGUCCCGCCAGGUUCUGAUCUACCUGCUGGAGUAUCUGCUGGAGAAGUACGGAGAGGACCCGAGGGUCACAGAGCUGCUCGACAGCACUGAUGUUUAUAUCAUGCCGAGCAUGAACCCCGACGGAUUUGAGAGGUCUGAGGAGGGGGAUUGUACGGGCAAAGAUGAGGGUCGGAACAAUGCCAAAAACCAAGACCUCAAUAGAAGUUUCCCAGACCAGUUUAAAGAGAUACACGUGAAUGCAGAAGACAUCCCUGAAGUCACUGCUGUCAUGAGGUGGAUCCUGCAGAACAAAUUUGUGCUCUCUGGGAAUCUGCAUGGUGGGACCGUGGUGGCCAGUUAUCCUUUUGAUGACUCUGAGUCCCAUAAUCCUGAGGGCACCUAUAGCAAAUCUCCUGAUGAUGCACUUUUCAGAUACUUGGCACAGGUUUACGCAGAGAAUAACCCUGUUAUGAAAACCGGGCAGCCAAAGUGUAUGGAAAACAAAAAUGAGAGGUUUGAGAAUGGCAUCACAAAUGGAGCAAAGUGGUAUGAUGUGGCAGGGGGUAUGCAGGAUUUCAAUUACCUGAAGGGGGGCUGUUUGGAAAUCACUAUGGAGCUCAGCUGCUGCAAGUACCCAGCCUCAACUCAACUCAAAACAGAAUGGGACAACAAUCGGGAGGCCCUGCUGGCCUACAUGGAGAAGAUUCAUAUCGGUGUGCGUGGCUUUGUUAGAGCAGCCAGGAAUGAUGCCCCUCUAGCAGAUGCUGUGGUAAUGGUUGCUGGCAUUAAGCACAAUGUGAGCACUUCACGCUUUGGUGACUACUAUCGCCUGCUGUUACCCGGCACCUACAACAUCACCGUUUUAGCCCCGGGUUACAUUCCCAUGUCCGUGUCUGGGGUGGAGGUGACUGAGGGAAAAGCAGCUGUGCUGAACAUCACCCUUGAAGCUGAGAAUGGUGAGAAUCCAGCCACCCCCUCAAUCCCAGACUCCCCCACUGAAACCUCUGUGAACAGUGCCAGCACAGAAAGCAGCAGCACCGGUGUCGACAAAGCAGCAGAUGAAGAGAAGGACUCCAGGGUUACAGUCCAGCCCCAGGAAUUCCGACAUCACCACUACAAUGACAUGCAUCUGUUCCUGCAGAAGUUCAGCUCUGAUUACAGCUCCAUCACGCGGCUGUAUUCCAUCGGCAAGUCUGUGCAGGGACGUCUCCUGUGGGUCAUGGAGAUCUCUGACAAUCCUGGUGUCCACGAGUUAGGUGAACCGGAGUUUAAGUAUAUUGGUAACAUGCACGGCAAUGAAGUGGUUGGUCGGGAGCUGCUCCUCAACCUCAUCGAAUACCUUUGUCGCAACUAUGGCACUGACCCUGAGGUCACCCAGCUCAUCAACUCCACACGUAUCCAUAUCAUGCCUUCAAUGAACCCAGAUGGAUAUGAAGCGUCCCAAGAGGGAGACAAUGGUGGCAUCCAGGGACGUAACAACUCUAACAACUAUGACCUGAACCGUAACUUUCCUGACCGGUUCAACUUUGUCACGGAUCCAAGGCAGCCAGAGACCCUUGCUGUUAUGAACUGGGCCCUGAGCUACCCGUUUGUGUUGUCUGCCAACCUUCAUGGAGGCUCUUUGGUGGUGAAUUAUCCAUUUGACGAUAAUCCAGACAAUGUUAGCAGAUACAGCAAGUCCUCAGAUGAUGACGUGUUCAGGAUGGUGGCGCUUGCCUAUUCACGGGAAAACUCUCAAAUGUAUGAUGGUCACUCCUGUAUGGACGUGGCUUCAUAUCAAGAAAAUUUUAAACAUGGCAUCACCAAUGGUGCUGAUUGGUACAAUGUCCACGGAGGGAUGCAGGACUGGAACUAUGUCAACACUAACUGCUUUGAGGUGACCAUUGAACUAGGCUGUUUCAAAUACCCACCAGCAGCAGAUCUACCCAAGUACUGGGAACAAAACCGCAGAUCACUUCUGCAGUUCAUCCGUCAGGUUCACCGUGGAGUAAAGGGAAUGGUAAUCGACAGCAAAGAUGGAUCAGGCAUCCCCAAUGCUACGAUCACUGUGGAUACAGUUAAUCACCCCAUCAGAUCCAGCGUUGCAGGGGACUACUGGCGCCUACUCGUCCCAGGAAAAUACCAUCUGACUGCCUCUGCCCAAGGCUACUCCUCAGUUAGCACUGUUGUCAUAGUGCCUGAGGAUGGAGUGGAGAUUGUUCAUUUCACAUUGACCCGGAUUCACAGUAACAUGAAUGGGCAGAUGACUGAAGAUACCACCCCAGUUCUGGAUCCCAGGUUGAAGGAGUUCCAGAGCCUCAUCAAGCAGCUGUCAGGAGAAUCUGGUCUGGACAAGCUGAUCAAGGACACUCACACCCAGAGCAGCUUCCGUUAUCGACGGUACAGCGAGGUUUCCGAGUUCCUGCGUGGCCUCACCCUGAACUUCCCAGAAAUUACCUCACUUCAGAGUCUUGGACAGAGUGUGGAGUUCAGAACCAUCUGGGCUCUGGAGAUCUCCAACAACCCUAAAGUCCAAGAACCGUCUGAGCCUAAGAUCCGGUUUGUGGCAGGUAUACAUGGAAACGCCCCAGUAGGGACAGAGCUGCUUCUGGAGUUUGCUGCCAGUCUCUGUAUUAACUACGGAAAGAACCCAGCCAUCACAAGGCUCAUCAAUGAGACCAGAAUUGUUAUCUUGCCCAGCAUCAACCCAGAUGGGCGUGAGUUGGCAAAAGAGAAAAACUGCACCUCCACUGCAGGCAUGACUAAUGUGCACGGGAAGGACCUUGACAGUGACUUCUUCGGUAAUGCAUCUCAGCGUGCUGCAGAACUUCAGCCAGAGACACGUGCUGUUAUGGAUCUGAUACAGGAAAGAGGCUUCACACUCUCCGUGGCUCUGGAUGGAGGCUCCGUUUUGGUCACCUACCCAUAUGACAAACCAGUGCAAUCUGUUGAAAAUGCAGAUACGCUGAGAUAUUUGGCUACUAUGUAUGCCAACCACCAUCCCAAAAUACAAUUGGGCGAUACUGGAUGUCCAGACAGCCAGAUGGGCACCAUCCCUAACGGUGUCCUUCGAGCAGCAGAAUGGCACAGUCACUUGGGCAGCAUGAAGGACUUCAGUAUGGACUUUGGUCACUGUCCCGAGAUCACGGUCUACACCAGCUGCUGCCUGUUCCCAACGGCUGAUAUGCUGCCCACGCUUUGGGCUGAGAACAGGAAGUCUCUUCUGAGCAUGCUGGUUGAGGUGCAUAAAGGGAUUCGUGGGGUGGUCAAGGAUAAGAGCGGUAAGCCCAUCGUGGGCGCUAUAAUAGUACUGAAUGGUGGUGUUCGAGUCUUCACCAGUGAGGGAGGAUAUUUCCACGCCCUUCUGGCCCCUGGUUUACACAAAAUUGAAGUGGUGGCUGACGGCUACCAGCAACAGUCCCAGAAGGUGUCUGUGUUGCCAUUUGAAGCAGCAAGUUCUCUUAUUAUUGAGUUUGACAUGGAGAAUGAUAUAUUUGGCCUUCCAAGAGAGUUAGUAGUGGCAAGUGCAGCUGCCGCAAUGACGGCCCUGAUCGUGACAGCCUGCAUCAUCUGGUGCGUCUGCUCAGCCAAGUCAAACAGACAAAAAGACGGAUUCCAUCGGCUGCGACAGGAACGGGACGACUAUGAAGACGAGAUCCGCCUCAUGUCUAUGGGCUCCAAAAAGUCUCUCCUGAGCCACGAAUUUCAAGAUGAGAGCGAAAGUGACGAGGAUACGCUAUACACCAACAAACUUUGAGACCUUACUGCUUGCUCCCUCUCCUCCCCCUGAGUCUGUCCAAACUGCCUGCAGGGCCAGUAGAGGGGGCUCAACGUCCAGCAGAAUAAAUGUCCAAUCUGUCGAAACCAGAGAAUCACCGUGGGAUGCACUUUAAUGCCCUGUUUAAAUCAGGUGAGCGUUUUGCACCGUAGUGUAUGCAAUUAACCACCGCUCUCAGCCAGCCUGCUUGGUUAUCUGGGUCUUUAUAAUAAUCAGCUAGAAUCCAUCUCAACAGGAUUAUGAAGCACUGUGCCUUGUUAGAUUAGAGGUUGCAUGGAUGCUGCUGUUGUGAGGAUGAUGAUUUUGUAGAGUAAAUGGAAUUUUGCUCCCCUUUUUUCAGUGGACACGGGUCAAAGUCAGGAAACAAUCCAUCUGAGAAUCAAUUCCAAGUUUAUGAAACACACACUACAGUGUUUCUUGUUGCUAUUUGCAGUCAUACAGCCAGUGCAGUGGACUAAACAUUUCAUAUUCUGUCUUAAAUAUAGAUAUAUUUACAUUUAGCAAGGUGAAACAGAUACGUAGCAGACAAACGUGCUCACUCAUGCCUUCCCAUUUAUCUUCUGUUAUUUUGACGUUCAAGGAUAUGGUGAAACAAUAAUAACUCCGCAUGGACAUGAUUGUGUUUAAUCAGUGUGUCUAGAUUCUUCUGUUUUACUGUGCACUCGUGAAAAAUAAUGUAUUUAUUUUUGUUUUAACAGCCAUCCAAUGAAACGUUUAUUUUGCUCACCGAUCCCAAAAAGAUGCUAUCAAAACUUUUUUCAUGUAGUUUAUACAUUUAUUUUUUGAAUCAUUCUUUGUUCUACUCUCUAAAAGAUAAGCAAACACAAUAUUAAAACUUAAUAGGACAGAUUUUUCUUUAUAAUUCAUCAUUCUGUGCCAGACUGAACAUUAAUACAAGUCAAAUGCUAAUAAGUGGGAAAAUUAUGUCAUUGAUCCUAUUUGUCAAGAAAAAUUUAAUUUAUUUUGGCUUAAUGUUGAUUUGUCAUGCUUGAAUGUAAAUUUCUGGGUGUGUUUGAACAAAUAUGUUUAACUUUUCUAUGUUUGUGCUAAUGUUUUUUUUUUCUUUUUAUACAACAAUGAUUGUAGAUAUCAAAUUGUUGCCAACUGUAUGUAAAUGACACAAGUGCAAUUUCUAUCAAGAGUGAAAGAACUGCACAGAUACACCUGUUUUUGUGUAUUAAAAAAUAUAUGGUGUGUAAUAAGAUGUAAAUAAAGAUGAAACUUUGUGCUAAA